AUGGAUCAGAAUGUUAUGGCGAUCCAAACAGCCAUUCUCACCAUCUCAACGGCUUCGUCAAACCUAGAUUCUGUCCUCAGGGCUCUUACGCCCGAUCCCAAGGGCGUCCAGCAGUUUGAUGUCGCCAUCAUGGGCGUCGAGUCUGCUCUCACCCAAGCCCGUACCGACAUCAUUCCGACCCAGCCGGUAUCGAUCGUCGACGGCCUCACGCUGCAGAACGCGGCUGACACGAUGGUCAAGAGCUUAAAGAUUAUGUUCAUGUCCUCGAUACUCCAGCGCCAAACUCUGGACCAGCUCGGCGUAACUCCCGUGCUCUUGAAGUCGUACAUGACCCAGACUCAGCUGUCGGACGUUCUUGGCCAAUAUACCGGCCGAGGAUGUGGCCAGCGCUACAGCUGCAUUCAAAGAUGCUGGUGCUACAGUUUCCAUGGGGGUUAUGUCCCCUAG